AUGCAACCCGACCUGGAGUUUUCCUGGACCAAUGAGCCGAGUUUCGGAUUUGACGUGACCAGGAAGUCAAACAAGGAUGUUCUUUUCUCUACUAAGGGAACAGACCUCGUCUUUGAGAACCAGUUUGUUGAGUUCAAGAGUUCCCUACCCGAGAACUACAAUCUUUAUGGCCUGGGCGAGUCGAUUCAUGCAUUCAGACUCGGAAACAACUACACCAAGACCUACUAUGCGGCUGAUGCUGGUGCUACUGUUGAUAUCAACGUUUACGGCACACAUCUCUUUUUCCUGGAGACCCGUUACUUUACGCCAGAUGCUAACGGCAAUCUCUCGCUGGUCACAUCCAAUGAGGCUGCUGAGGCUGCCCCCAAUGCAAACUGUACAUCUUUCUCUCACGGAGUGUACUCUCGCAACGCCCAUGGACAGGAUAUCCUCAUGCAGGAAGACAGCAUCACUUACCGUGCUAUUGGUGGCAGUAUUGAUCCCUACUUCUUCCCAGGCCCCAGUCAACCAGAGGUGACCAAGUCAUACCUGAGGGCUGUUGGUCAAGGAGGCCGAGUCAUCAGAUUCUCUUGUGCGUGA